CCCCCCGGGUAUUUUGCUAAGCUUAGCUAGUCCAUGGCCACCUUUGCUUUCAAUGGAGAGUGUUCCGAUACCAUGGUGAGGGAUGCAGUAUAAGAACCUGAAUAGAUCUACAGAGAUUGUCGGCUCCUGCUUACCAUACUCAGACUUGCUCUGAAUGAUGUGAUCUAUGUCACUUUAUCCAAAUCAAGUGCCAUCCAAAUCAAGUGCUAUCGGAAAACUACCCAUUCAGCCUUUAUUGUUGCAAAAUUUGAGUCCCAGUACUAUCCUCUGCUCUGUUAGCACACUUCCCAGGAUGCCAGAAUGCCUUUCUGUGCCCUGCGCUGCAAACAGCUCUAAAGAGAGCAGGUCUCCAUAGUAUUUCAGAGCCUGUGAUGUACAUCUCCAAUGGAGCAGCUACGCCCAACGAAGAGUCCUUUCUCCAGGCGUGUACAGAACUCUCAUUGUGGUUAAGGGAAGGAUAGCAAGGCCCGAGGGUCUAAUGCUCUGGGUCUGGAACAUGGUGGGACUUUGAUUUAAUGAAUGAAAUCGAGUGAGAGAAACCCCUUUUGCUUUGUCCUGGGGGGGUAUGUCUAAAGCCACCUCUGCUAUCGGUCUGGGGGUGAUAGCAUGGUUAUUAUGCAGAGGAGGGUAAUGCAGGAUGGUGUUACUAACUCACUGGCGCUUGGGAGUGCGGUUUCAUGGCAUGUGCUAACAUGUGGUGUGGAUGCUAUGGACUCACCUGCACUAAAGCCUUAAAGGCAGCCGUUGGGUUUCAGCCUACGAGGGUUUGAAGCAGCCCUGGAGCUGAUGACUUCAGCGUGAGCUAGGAUGAGUGAAGUAGCCUGGCAAAGCAGUGACUGUUUCAUAACGGGAACCUAUGGUAUCAUGUCUGAGUUGGACCCUCUGAUGCACCCACCAGCCCAGUUCUCCACCUGGAAUGAAGUGAAUCGGGGACACCAAGCUGCCCAGCAGGAAUCAGAAUUGCUUUACUGAUUUAGUGAAUAACUGAUCUAGCGAGUGUGUCGUUUUCAGCAGCUCUGAAGUUGCCUUUCAGGCUGUUUCUCCAAUGGUGAACUUCUUGGUUGUUCUCCCACCCCUCCAAAUUACCGACGUCGGAUGCCUGUUUCCUCUGUAGUGCUGCACCGAUACCGACACAUCUUGGGACUGUGGCAGCCAGACAUUGGGCCAUACGGGGGACUGCUGAACGUGGUGGUAGAUGGCUUGUUUAUCAUUGGCUGGAUGUACUUGCCCCCUCAUGACCCUCACGUGGAUGACCCAAUGAGGUUCAAGCCCCUUUUCCGGAUUCACUUAAUGGAGAGGAAAAGUGCGACUGUCGAGUGUAUGUACGGCCACAAGGGGCCCCACAAUGGCCAUAUCCAGAUCGUAAAGAAGGACGAAUUCUCCACGAAGUGCAACCAGACAGAUCACCAUCGAAUGUCAGGAGGAAGGCAGGAGGAAUUCCGGACGUGGCUGAGGGAAGAAUGGGGCCGGACUCUGGAGGAUAUCUUCCAUGAGCACAUGCAAGAGCUCAUCUUGAUGAAGUUCAUCUACACCAGCCAAUACGACAACUGCUUGACGUACCGACGCAUCUACCUCCCUCCUAGCAGCCCUGCUGACCUCUUAAACCCAGGUCUCUUCAAGGGAACUUACGGGAGCCACGGCUUGGAGAUUGUCAUGCUGAGUUUUCAUGGGAAGAAAGCCAAAGGGACUAAAAUAACCGGAGAUCCCAAUAUCCCAGCUGGCCAGCAGACGGUGGAGAUCGACCUGGCGCACCCCAUCCAGCUCCCUGACAUUGAGAACCUGCGCAACUUCAAUGAGCUCUCCCGCAUCGUCCUGGAGGUGCAGGAGCAGGUGCGCCGGGAGCAGCAGCAGCAGGAGGAGGAGGAAGGGCAGGACGAAGAGGAGGGCCACUCCCGACAGGGUGACUCGCAGCAAGCAGAGCCGCCUGCGCAGAGGGACGAUGCUGGGGCUGAGGGGACUGAGGCUGCGGGAGCAGCAGCCGCCCAGGAGUCGGCGCCAAACUCGCAGCCUUUCGUGCUGCCCGUGGGAGUCAUCUCCAGGAACGAGGAUUAUCCCCGGACCUGCCGGAUGUGUUUUUAUGGCACGGGGCUCAUUGCCGGACAUGGCUUCACCAGCCCUGAACGAACGCCGGGCAUCUUCAUUCUAUUCGAUGACGAUCGUUUCGGGUUCAUCUGGCUGGAGCUGAAAUCCUUCAGCCUCUACAGCCGGAUCAAGGUCUCUUUCCAGAACGCCGAGGCGCCGUCCCGAGAGGCCUUCGAUGAAAUGCUCAAAAACAUUCAGUCGAUGACUACUUGACAGGCGGCCCCUGGUGGACAGAGGAGGGAUUGCAAAGAAGGUUUCUGCUCUCUCCUGCCAAGGACAGAACCCCGGCCUCUGGUACCUCUGAACAAAAGCAUGCACUUUUCAAUAAGGCCCUUUUGCCAAAAUCUACACAUCCCUGUUAGAAUAUAAACAGAAUCCCCACACUGCUCCCUGGCAGUACUUUCUAUGUAGUCUGCGACACAGCUCUGCCUAGUGGGAGGGAACCUACACAGGAGGGAAAUGAGCAUGCUCGCAUUUAUCAGAGCAAAAUUCCUUAGAGGCCAACGUUGAGGAACAUGUAAUUAAUCGACAUAGCAGAUAUAAUAUAUACAUGCUCUCUGCUCUAGCCAUAGGCGCAUCCCUACAGAAGGCAAACCCUUCAGUGAAGUGUCAUGUUCAAUCUUUCCUGCAACCGGCCCAAUCUAAUAAUUUGAAGACUUGAUCACCCCCCAAAAACCCAACACCCCCACCUGCAAAUUUGCUGCCAAUUUAUUGCGUGGCUCAAAAGUGACUAAUAAUGUGUGUUUUGCCCCCCCUCCAGGGCCCUUCCUCAUAAUGCAGCCUUGAUGGAAAAACAGACCCGAGGUAGCUCUGCCCUUGGUUUGGGAAUCAAAGUGGGAUUCAACAGUAAGAGAGGGGAUUUCCACUGCAAACAGCUCCACAGGUACCCUCGUGCUGUCUCCCAAAGCUCGCUGCUCCCAUGACCUUCUUGGACUCUAGUCCGAAUCUGACUAGAAGCCAAGGGGGAAUCAUAGCUCCCUUUAUAGGGACCCAGUAUGGAACUCCAGACAAAUCCAGUUCAGAUUGGAGGAGAAUCUUAUGCAGUUUUAGCUCAUUUUAAGACUUUUUAAAAGUUCUCAUUUUAAAGAACUAAAAAUCCUCUAAAUAUGGUUAACUUCUGACCUUCACCUCCACACGCUUGCUGGAUGGCAGCCGCUGUGAAAUGUAAUUUCUGGCUAGGCCAGUGCCUGUGAUGUGGUAUUUCCCCCUGUGCAGCGUAAAUGAAGCAGUUAGGAAUUCCGCGGUGCUGUGGUUCAUUCUGAUGCCUCUCAGCAGCUUUUCUGACACUUCCCCGGGGAACGUUUUGUUUAUUUUUCAGUGCCCCUGUAGACUUCUGUCUCUAAUGGGUUCCCCUGUCCCUGUACUGAAGGGUUCUUGUAUUCUUUCCCCUACCUAACACGGAUUUCUCUUCUAGUGCCACCAUCUCAGAAAGCUUUUGCUCUUAAUUUCCCGUAGCUACUCUUAACAUAGCUAUCUGAGCUCUACUGGAAGGUGCAGGUAGGUGGGAAGGAGUCCAGAAUUCCAACCACCAUCUCCUACCUGGCAGUGUUCUGCUUCAAAAGCAAAAGCAAAGGAGCUGCUUGCCUCAGAGACCCGGUAGGUGACUGUAGGUCAGGCAGUAGGUAACUGUGCAGCAGAAGGAUUAUGGUUCGGGCUCUCUAUCUCUUAUCCACCGCAUCACAAGUUUUCCCGACACUUUUGUUAUCAUUAGUCUUGGGUAGGAAGAGACACAGGAAUCCCCAACUGAACGAAGAAGGAGUCGAGGUGUAACAUAUCAAGAGAACUGCCUUCCUUUUCCAGUUUCCUCCAUCUCUUUGUCCUGAGCCUGGGAUCAGGGGCUGGAAGAACCGCAGCCACGAGGCAGCUGAUGGAUAACUCUGUGCCUUUCUAACAUCUCUCCUGCUAUUUAUCACUUGUCAGCUAUUAGAGAAGCGAUCUCCCCAACAGCUUCUUUUGGGGGCAGAUUGUGGGGGAGGGGGGUAUAAGGAAAGGCUUGGCUCCAAGUGAAAUCUGUGUCCUUCGUCCCAAUCCCUUUUGGAGGGGAGAAAGACUGUUAAAGGUUGCGUCUUUCAACCCCCAUCAGGGCGUCUCCAUUGGUGGGACGACUCCUUGUCUCGCGGGUUCUCCCCCUUUCCACCUUUGACAGUGGAGUGGGAUGAUUUUGUGCUGCUUUCGUGGGAAAGACUCACUUCUUGGCUGAUUUCAUUGAUAACAGGAAACUUAUUCCCUCCUGUUGCAGUUUUGUUGCUGCUGCUCCGACUUCAGCCUUCCCGUCAUUCCCUUCCUGAGCUGCAUGUGAACAGUGGUGUCCCUCAGUGGCUCAGAGCAGCAGGUUGUGUCACUCAUGGGACUAAUCCCUAUCCUAUCAAGUUGCAUGAAUCUAUGUGGAUCAGAAAGCAGUUCUGGGCACUUCUCCUUCCCUUCCUACCCAAUCGUCCUAGCAUGAACCAUACCGAGGUAUACAUCGGAGUGAGAGGGCCUCUGGAAUGUUAGUAGCAUUCGUUUGAGCCUGCCUCGUUUGUACAGCUUAUCCAAUGUAGCUCUUUACCUGUGGUUGAGGGGCUGUGCCUCUUUCUACCCCAGCAGGAGGGAGAAUUAACUUUGGUCUCACACCAUUGCUAAGGCUGUGGAAUGCUGGCAAGGGGUUUCUUUCUCUGGUCAUUGGUGCGUGGGCACAGGCUAAAACCAGCUUCUCCACCUUAGCUCUGAAUUUCCUUUUUGUCCUUCACACCAGACACUCAGAGCUGCACCUGUGCAAAUGCACAAGCAAAAAGGAGCACUGGCUAUUGCAGGUGCAAUUGUGCAGGCUAAUAGGUGUCUGUGGGUGUGAGUUGCCUGGUAGGCAUUUGAGCAGCCAGUGUCAGGUCUAAUUUCUAAGGCAAUGUGUCCAUAACUGCCCUAAUUUACAUAUGCAAAUCAAAAAUCUGGCCCUUAAAGUUUUGACAGACUCUCCUGAAUUGUUUCUACAGUAGCACUUAAAAAUGAACCUGCAUUUAAUGCAAUAUGGACACUUGACUUGAGAGAUUCAUGACUCCUUUGGAGUUGUUCCAUCAAUCAUGUAAAUACAAACAGACCCUUACAUUGACUCGGUAGCCGAUCUCAGAGUAGAACAAAUCUCUCGUGCAUUCUUACCCAGUUCGGGGAAUGU